UUCUUCCAUGAACAAAGCUUUCAUAUUACAUUUUCGUACAGCAGAAAAUAAGGGUGAAUACGGCUACCUUAUCAAAUACAGUUUGUUUAUCAUGGAAUAUUUUGACAUUUGUCCACAUAUGCCCGGCAACAACAAACACACAGAUGACAACAAAAAACAGCUGAGCGAGGACUAGUAGCAGUUGAAAUUUUGUAAAUUUUUCACGAAAAUUACAGUUUUAUCUUUUAAAUCUAUUUAUAAAAAUACUCCACUAAACUAAGGGAUUCCAUAGGACAUUAUGGCCAAUAAGGAAAUAUUUUCCAAACACAUAAAAUCAAAUGUCAAAUUAGCGACGCGCUACGAUGCCGAGGGGCGUGAAGUGCAGGUGGAACGUAGAGAGGACACAGAUGCAACGGCCAAGGAGAAGGAGACAUUUGAUUUGUUAAUAAAUGCCGGUUAUUAUAGGGCGUGCAUUAAGGGUUUGUCGGCAUUCGACAAAGUAGUGGGAGGAAUGACAUGGUGCAUAGAAUGCUGUGAUUAUGAUGUCGAUGUGGAUUUGUUGUUUCACGAGAAUUUAACAAUUGGCCAGAAAAUCUCCUUGGUGGAGAAGAUUGUUGCUGUGUUGCCUCAAAUGAAGUGUCCUUUUCGUAUAGAACCCCAUCAGAUACAGGGUUUGGAGUUUCUUUGCAUACAUCCAGUUAUCCAGUGGCUUGUUAAGAAGUCUGUGGAAAAUCGUGCAGAACGAAAUAUGCGUUUGAAACAAUUUGCAAUUGGUCAAUUCCAUAACAACUAUCAGUAUAAGAGCGACAAACAAAAUUUGGAAAAAAUUAGAAAAGCCUCAGUGCAUAUCAAAAGAAUACAGGAAAUGUACAAUCCCGUCCGACAAUAUCAACGCAAAGAGGCUACAGAUGAGGAUGAAAGAACAAAAGUACAAUUGACACUUUUGGAAUAUGGUAAUCUGCCGUCAGUGCCUAGAGCAGAUAGUCUAGAUGAUGAGGGCCAAGCAGAAAAUGUCACAGCAUCAGAGCUUGAUAUUGAAAAGUUACUUAACAAUUUAGUACUCACCAAAGAGGACAGCGCCACAGGAUCACCCCAAAAGCUGGAUAAUGCCACACGUUAUGCAUUGCGAAAACAUUAUAAAGAAUUCAAACAUGAAAUGGAAACGGAUACAAAACAAUUAACCGAACAAAAUCAAAUUAAAUCUUUGGAAGCUACAAAAUUGGCCUUGGAACAGAAAUUGGAGCGUAACCAAAAGGAUGUCAAGGAUGUUAUGGAAUUGUUGCAACAGGAAUGUGAAUUGCUGGAAAAGGAGAGAGCACAAAAAGAGCAAAUGGAAAGAGAAAUUGAAGAAUACAAGAGAAUUGAAGGAACUGUUGAUGCGGGGUUAUUGGAAAAGGUACAAGGUCUUCUCAGACAACAUGACGAAUUGAAAAAGGAAGAAUCAGAAUUCAAGGAACAUUGUCGUAAAGAUCUGGCGGCUCUACAAGAACAAAUAGAGGAAUUGGAAGCCUUCAAUGCUCAAGAUCCCCAGGAGAGAGAACAAGCUGUGGCCAAAGAAAAGGAACGUAUACAAUUGUUAAAAUUACAAUUGGCCAAACGUAACCGGGGCAUAUUGGCAAUACAACAACAAUUGGAUAAUACACCAGAUCGCACAGAGUUAGCACAAUAUCAGCGGCGAUUCCAUGAGCUGUACAAUGAAAUGAGUGCCAAACACUUGGAGACAAAACAAUAUUACACCCUCUUCAACACGCUAAAUGACCAGAAACGUUAUAUGGAGAAAGAACUUUCACUGCUGAAUUCCAUUUGUGAGGCCUACAAUGAGGGCAUGUCAACACAGCAUGGGCGCGAGGAGUUCAUACAACAAUUCGAACAAAUUGUUCAAGGUGUUAAACAGACCGAACAAAAGGUCAAACUAAAAUUCAUGGAAGAGAAGAAGCGGCGAGAUGCACUAAAUGAGGAAUUACAAGGACUGCUGGAGCUACAACGUCAAUAUGCGGCCGCGGUUAAACAACUAACCAUCGAAUGUCAACGCUGUGAACAAUUGCAACAACAUUUAAAGUCAAUUCACAAGAAAUUGUAGUGGAAUCGAAUUGCCAGUCCACGCUAUCAUUGCACAUUUGAUUUAGUCUUAAAUAGCUGAGUAUAAGUAGAGUGUAGGGCAUCUAAAACAAAUAUCCUUUUGAUAAUUCCAAGCAAUAUUUCCUUUUUAAUGUUUUUUUUGUUUGUUCUUUUUGUCUUUUAUUUGAAAGGUUUUAAUUUCAUUUUUUUUGUUUCUGUUUUAUAAAGAGUGUAUAGCCUGUCUUAUGUUUUAAGUAAAGAGAUUACUAAGCCUCCACGAUAUAGCCAUUUAAAUAGGUAAAUACAUUUUAUUUAUAUAUACAUACAUACUAUUUCUAAAAGAAAGGUACUAUAAUAUAUAGCUAUAACUUACUUAUAUAUAUACGAAAGCAUAUUUAUUAUUAUUAGAAUAUUUAUAGUACUCAAAGUAAUUCAAUCACAAAAAAACCUAAACAAAAU